UUUACGCAUGCCCAGUAGGGGACUGAGUGCUGCGGCUACCGGGAACGGACUGAAACUAAGGAGGAAGGGGAGGGGAGGACGUCGGGGCGGGCGAGGAAGAGGUCAAAGGUCGUGUCGGAGGGAGGGUUAAGUGAGGGGAAGGUUUCCCUAGGGUUGGCAUGAGCUGACCUUUGGCCCCUCUGUCGCCACGGCCAUGGCCCCCCGGCGGCCCCCGGAGCUCUACCGGGCUCCCUUCCCCCUCUACGCCCUGCGCGUCCAUCGAGAGGCUGGCCUGGUUCUGAUCGCGGGUGGCGGCGGAGCUGCCAAGACCGGCAUCAAGAAUGGCCUGCACUUCUUGCAACUGGACUGGAGAGGAGGCGAACUGUCUGCUUCACUGUUGCAUGCGCACGACACAGAGACACGAGCCACCAUGACCAUGGCGUUGGCAGGGGACGUCAUUGCUGCUGGACAGGAUGCCGACUGCCACAUCCUGAAUUUCCAUCUGCAGAAACCCAGUCAGAAAGGGGGCAGUGGUGAUUCUGCCGCCAAUAAAGCAAGUGGUGACGAGAAGGGUCCCCGGAGGCGCAAGGGCCCCCUACCCAGUGGACCGCGAAGUAACAGCGAUACGUGCAAAGAGACAACUGAAGUGACUGUGGAAACUCUGCACCGUGUCCAGACAGAUACCAGCACAGAUGCCCUGCAGAAGGCCGUGUGUUUCAGUGAUGACCAUACCCUCCUGGCCACUGGUGGUGUGGAUGGAUUCCUGCGGGUCUGGGAGUUUCCCAGCAUGAAGAAAACUCUUGAGUUCCAGGCUCACAAGGGAGAGAUUGAAGACAUAGCACUCAGUCCGGAUAAUAAGAUCGUGACAGUGGGACGGGACUUCCAGUGCUGCGUGUGGCAGCGGGACCAGAUGGUGACAGCGCUGCACUGGAACGAGAACCUUCCGGGCAUCCCAGAUAAGGCCUACCGCUACCAGGCUUGCAGGUUUGGGACAGUGGAGGACCAAGCCAAGGCAUUGCGGCUGUACACGGUGCAGAUCCCUUACAAGCGGGAACGCCGGCCACCCCCUUGCUACAUUACCAAGUGGGAUGGGCACAGCUUCCUGCCCCUACUUACUCAGCCAUGCGGUAACGAGGUAAUCUCCUGCCUCUCUGUCAGUGACAGUGGCACGUUCCUGGGUCUGGGCACUGUGACGGGCUCCGUUGCCAUCUUUGUCUCCUUCUCCUUGCAGAGGUUGUACUAUGUGCGGGAGGCCCAUGGCAUCGUGGUCACUGCUGUUGCCUUCCUGCCCGAAACCCCUGAGCUGCUGAAGGAGAAUGAGGUGGCCCUGCUGAGUGUGGCCGUGGACAGCCGCUGCCGUCUGCACCGGAUCCCCUGCCGGCGGAGUUUCCCGGUGUGGCUGGUGCUGCUCUUGUGUGCUGGACUGCUUGUGGGCACGAUCCUACUGCUACAGUUGGCCUUCCCAGGCUUCCUCUAGUCCUCCUUGUUCGCAACAGGAAGCAUGGAGUCCGCUCUAGCCUCCCUCGGGGACUACGCUGACCCCAUUCCUGGGCUCACAGGCUGGAGUGACUCAGAAAGCUGGGCAUGGAGCACUCCACUUGAACGUGUGCUCAGAUGAGCUGGACUGAGCUGCUUGCCUGGAGGAAGGGGGGCAGGACCAUGUUUGGAUCAAGUCCUGGGCAUGAACUUUGUUCCUUCUUGUCUUAUACCCUGGAGGAGGAUUCCCGCCUCCGCUCCGUUUUUUGACUGUUCAAUUGAAACAUUCCAGCCUUGACUGCUCUGAGCGGGCAAGUCCCGUUCCAUCCCACGGACAAAGCCUCGCAGCUGUAAUUAAAUAGGAUGACGGAGCAAAA